UGGAGUAUCGAGUGAUAUCUGUACGCGAGUAGAAUUUUAGAAAUGGCUCCACCAAAGUCAAGCGAGAAGGCAGCCAAAAAGUCUGGCAAGGCUACCAAGAACAUCUCCAAGGGGGAAAAGAAGAAGCGCAAGCCUCGCAGGAAGGAAAGCUACGCCAUCUACAUCUUCAAGGUGUUGAAGCAGGUACAUCCGGAUACUGGAAUCUCGUCCAAGGCGAUGGGUAUCAUGAACAGCUUUGUGAAUGAUAUCUUCGAGCGGAUUGCUGGCGAGGCCUCCCGGUUGGCUCAUUACAACAAGCGAUCGACGAUCACGUCUCGGGAAAUCCAGACGGCCGUCAGGUUGUUACUUCCGGGAGAAUUGGCCAAGCACGCCGUGUCCGAGGGUACCAAGGCCGUCACCAAGUACACCAGCUCGAAGUAGAUCGGCAAUGAGAGCUUGGCGCUUCUUUUUCUAUACA